UAGAUUGCCCCAUUUGCUAUAGAAAUAAGGAGCUUCCAAGGCCCGGAGCUUGCCUUCUAGUUGUACCUGGGUACUUAUUUCAGGUAUAGUAAACCGCUAGCCCCGCCAACGUCGUCAUAUGUUUUUUAUUGAUUCCCCUCUUCCCCCUAUCGCCAAACAACUACUCUAAAUCCGUACUUAAUAAGCCCUCCUGAAGCUCAUAGUUUGAAUACACGUUUCUUCGUUCACCCGUGCACGAAUUGUAGCCUGAUUACGAAGAGAAAGUUCAUCAUGAGUAUUAAAACUGUCGAGUUCAAGUCUUUCACCGACCAGAAGCCCGGAACGUCGGGUCUUCGAAAGAAGGUCAAGGUUUUCCAACAACCCAACUACAGCGAAUCCUUCAUUACCAGCAUCCUCCUCUCCAUUCCGGAAGGCGCCGACGGUGCUUUCCUGGUUAUUGGUGGCGACGGCCGAUUUUGGAACCCCGAGGUUAUUCAGCUGAUUGCCAAGAUCGGUGCCGCAUACGGAGUCAAGAAGCUGUUAAUCGGUCAAAAUGGAAUCCUAUCUACACCGGCUGCCAGUCAUGUUAUUCGAAAGCGAAAGGCGACUGGUGGUAUUCUUCUGACCGCCAGCCACAAUCCGGGUGGACCCGACCAAGAUUUCGGUAUCAAGUAUAACUUAGCCAACGGUGGACCCGCGCCUGAAGGAGUGACAAAUAAGAUCUUUGAAGCUUCAAAAACACUCACUUCCUAUAAGAUCGCCGAUAUUCCUGACGUAGAUAUUACUACCAUUGGAACUAAGACCUAUAGCAGCCUAGAGGUUGAAAUUGUGGACAGCACGGCUGACUACGUCCAAAUGCUCAAGGAAAUUUUUGAUUUCCCGCUCAUUAAGAAAUUCUUCAGCGAUAACUCCGACUUCAAGGUGCUGUUUGAUGGUCUACAUGGUGUUACUGGACCGUAUGGAAAGGCAAUCUUCGAGCAAGAACUAGGGCUUACCGGUUCCACCCAGAACUGCAUCCCCAGUCCUGACUUCGGCGGUGGUCACCCAGACCCCAAUCUUACCUAUGCCCAUUCUCUAGUGGAGGCGGUUGACAAGAACUCAAUUCCUUUCGGCGCAGCAUCCGAUGGAGACGGCGACAGGAACAUGAUUUACGGCGCUGGGGCUUUCGUAUCACCUGGAGACAGUCUGGCAAUUAUUGCCCACCAUGCGCAACUCAUUCCUUAUUUUAAGAAGCAAGGUGUCUACGGCUUAGCCCGUAGUAUGCCAACAUCUGGUGCCGUUGACCUCGUCGCGAAGGCCCAAGGAUUGAACUCGUACGAGGUCCCCACAGGUUGGAAAUUCUUCUGUGCGCUAUUCGAUGCGAACAAAUUGAGUAUCUGCGGUGAAGAGAGUUUCGGCACUGGCAGCAACCACGUUCGUGAGAAGGAUGGUCUUUGGGCCGUUGUAGCGUGGCUCAACAUUAUCGCCGGCAUAGGAGAAGCGAACCCCGGAACCAAGCCGAGCAUCAAGCAGAUCCAGGAGGACUUCUGGAAGACCUACGGUCGGGUGUUCUUCACACGCUAUGACUACGAAAAUGUGGAUUCCGAUGGUGCUAACAAGGUCGUCGGAACCCUUAAGGACCUAGUUGCCGACCCCAAAUUCAAGGGCAGCAAGAUUGGAGAGCGCACCGUUACCGAUGCUGGCAACUUCUCUUACACUGACUUGGAUGGUUCAGUGGCUUCUAACCAGGGUCUCUACGCCCGUUUCGAUAGUGGCAGCCGUAUCGUGGUCCGACUGUCUGGUACUGGCUCAUCUGGCGCAACAAUCCGUCUGUACAUUGAGAAGUACAGUAAGGACCCUUCGACUUACAGCCAGGACGCACAGGACUUCCUCAAGGAUGAGAUUAAAUUCGCAACGGAUCUAUUGAAGUUUAAGGAGUACGUGGGCCGCGAUGAGCCUGAUGUGAAGACAUAAACGAAUAAACAAACAGAUAGGAAGACUUGGAAGAUACAUAGAUUGAAAUCGAUAUGGGAGAAACAGGACUGCCCCUGGGCUGUGAUAGCCUAAAGUAUCAAUAUCUCACGUAAUUAAUGUCGAAAUGAGUUAGGGAAAAUUAGAUAAAAGUUGACGACGUGCCUCAUCGUUUCGUACCGGAUCAAGAUAUAAGCGACUGCUAGUAUAUAUCAUCAUGCCAGGGGUUCUGGAUGAUCUACCUGGUUACAAUGAUAUAGUGAUGAUGUCUGUUGCGAACCACCAUCGGAAGUGGGUUCCAUCCUGACCAAUCACGGACAAUCCCCGGGUUUAGGAAUGGAAUCAUAUCAUGUGAUGAGCGGCGACGAUGAGAUUGUCGCGGUUUAAUCGCGACGCGCGGUAGGGCGGCGAUUCGCCGCUCUAUAGCGACGUCGCCGGAGGGAUCCCUAUACAUUUAUUUUUGAUACAAGACCUCCUGUAUUUCGUUCCUUUCUUUUAGCUGUAGUUAAUUUAAGUCUAUAGUACGAAUAAAAAUCCUAUAGGGGGAGAUUACCCUCCCUAACGA